GAUGUCGCUGCCCCUCCGGCUGCCCCAUUGCUUUCCGGCGUUGCGGCAGCCCGUUGUCCUCCGGCUCCCCUUCUUCCCAGCCCCGGUUACGCCGCCGCCAUCCCCGGCUUGGCCCCUGGAGCUUGACUGCAAGCACCAAGGCGACGCUCGGGAGGGCUGCUUGGAGGAGAAGGCUUGGGUAAAAGCCAGAGGCCACCCAGGUGGCGGCGCUCUGAGCUACAGCACCUGCACCCUCCCCCAAAGCCCUAGAUUCCGGGGCCCGUCGCGCGCGCAACACUUCCCCGAAGCCCGGCCUAGGCCCCUGCCGGCUGCCUGCGCCACCCGCGCUCCGCUCCUCGGCCGACGCUCCUCCGCCCCUCAAAGCUACAGGCGAGCCAAGGACCGCCAGCCUGGCGCUUCUGGAACAGCCAGUGCGGGCAGAAAAAAGCCAGAGCCAAAAGUAAAUGGCCAAAUUGAAUGGAGCUGGAGGAGCAUCGAGGAGGCGACGCCGCCUCUCCCAGUUCACUGGACUUUUGCCGGUAGUGAGUUCGCAGGCCUCCCUACGCAUCUCGAGAAGAAAAGUGGAAAGCUGGGUAAGCUGCCUAGCGCUUCAAGAGAAAAAUCCCAGGGAAACUGCAGAAAUUUGGCCUGGAAUACAAAAAGGAGUGGACAAGCCCAGAUGAACUGUUAAAAGAGUUUACAUCAAAGAAUCUUUAAGAACUAAAGAGCUUCUUCUAUCCACA